AUGUCCCUCAGCCCCCCAGUUCAUAAUUUCUCACGCUCCUUUGACGAGGCAGAUGAUACAUCAGCCAGUGGAACAAGUCCAGCUCAGCUAAAUCUUCAACGUCUUUUUGAACAGUCACUCGGCGGAGCUUCAGCGUCCAAGAAGGAUGUACAAAACCCAGCAACACCGGCGCCCAGCUCGGCUGGUGCGCCUCCAAAAGGGAAGCCACGUCUAUUACUGAUGGGCCAGCGAGGGAGUGGAAAAUCUUCCAUCUCAAGUGUGGUCUUCCACAAACUGCCUCCCAACGAGACACUAUUCCUCGAAUCAACCGCUCGAAUCCAGAAGGAUUCUAUGGCAUCAUUCAUGGACUUCCAGGUUUGGGACUUUCCUGGUCAAAUCGACGUCUUCGAGAACCCUGGAUUUGAUAUUGAGGCCAUAUUUAGUGAAAUUGGCGCUCUCAUCUGGGUCAUUGACGCCCAGGACGAUUACCUUGAGGCAGUCAUGCGCCUAAACACCACAAUCCUCUUCCUGCAGCGAACCUACCCCAACAUCAACAUUGAGGUCUUUAUUCACAAGGUCGAUGGUCUAUCAGACGACUACAAGCUCGACAUCCAGCGUGACAUAACUAUUCGUAUCCAGGACGAGUUGUCAGACCACGGAUUCGAAAAUGCGCCUGUCACUUUCCAUCUCACCUCCAUCUACAACCACUCCAUUUUCGAGGCCUUUAGCAAAGUUAUCCAGAAGCUGAUCCCUCGCCUUGGAACGCUGGAGUCCAUGCUCACCAACCUGUGCCGUACCUGUCGAUUCGAAAAGGCGUACCUCUUUGAUGUCCUAACAAAGAUCUACAUCGCGACCGACAGUGCCACCGCCGACAUGGCUAGCUACGAGAUUUGUAGCGACUACAUCGAUGUUAUCAUAGACAUCACUGAAGUCUACGGGACGUGGCAGCGCAGUGACGAGGGGCGCCGCCGCCUUGAGGGGGAGCCGUGGAGUACACCCAUAGACAAACAGAUUGGCUGCAACACUGCAGAGAGCUGUCUUGUCCUUCACGACGGCAACAAGCCCAUCAUGUUGCGCGAGGUAGAUCGUUACUUGGCUCUCGUUGCUAUCAUGAAGGAGGACUCGUACGACAGCAUGCCUUUGGUCAACAUGAACGUUGAGGCUGUUGUUGAAGGACUGACCGAAUUCUUUAACAUCACCAAGCCUCGGCAGUAA